AUGAAUAAAUCAGAAUUUAUAACACCAGUUAAAAAUAUAUUAUCAAGUUAUAAUAAAUAUAAAAAGCAAGAAUUGUUUAACCAAUUUGGAGAAUAUCAAUAUUAUUAUGCUUAUCAUAAAAAUUUAAGAACAAUUAUAAAAAGAAAAAGAAUUUCCGAUACAAAUGAAGAGGAAUUUAUAAAUGUACAUAAUUAUCCUAGAUUGGAUGAAACUGAAAUUAAGAGUUUUGCAAUAAGUUACACAAAAAAAUUGAUGGCAUAUCAAGUUAUAUUAGAAUCUGGACAUUGGAGAGUAAGAUUUAAAUAUGUAAAUGGAACAGAAAUUUAUGAUGAAUUUGAUUUUGAUGUAUCAUCGGAUUAUGCCUUUGUUUUAAAUGACACAGGUUUUAUUUAUUCUAACAAUUCAUAUAACAAUACAAUAAAUGGAAUAAAAUAUUAUGAUACUAGUAGUCAGUCAUUAUAUUUUCAUAAAUUUGGAACACAUGAAAGGAAUGAUAUAGAAAUAUUUCGAAAUAAUAUUUCAGAAGACAGCGAUGUAACGGCUAAGGUAUCAGAUGAUGGAAAUUAUUUAUUUGUGACAUUAUAUAAUGCUCUAAACAGUACAUCUGCUUUAUAUUUUUAUAAUCUUAAAAAUGUACAUGAUUUUAAGAGUAAAAUAGAACUUAAUCAUUUGAUUGGUAAUUUCGAUGCAAACUAUGAACUUUAUUCUAGUGUUGGAGAUAUGGCAAUUAUUUAUACAAAUAAAUUUUCUUAUAGUGGUAGAAUUGUGCUUGUAAAAAUUCAAAAUUCACAUCAAAAUGUUGAUAAUGCUGAAAUAUUUAUGAAGGAAGAAAAAGAUUUAUACAUUAAAAAUUUUUUUUCUGUUGGACAAGAGUUUUUGGUAUUACUUUGUAUCAAAAAUUCCCAAAGUUUUUUCAAACUUUAUAAUAAAAAUAGUCAAAAGUGGAUGAAAGAUAUAUAUGUUGGUGAAGGAUUCAUUGAACAUGCACAAGGAGAUACAAGUCAUUAUAAUCUUCACUUUUUAUUUAAUAAUAUAUAUACGCCAACAAGUAUAUAUAAAAUUAAUUUUGAAUCUGCUAAAAAACAAAGAGUAAAUGAACUUAAACCAGAAAUAGUAAUAAAAUCUAAUUUUGAAAAUUUAGAUACUUCUGAUUUUGUUAUAAAAAAAGAAUAUUAUAAAACUAAAGGUUGUAAAAGUAUACCUAUGAUAAUGUUUCAUAGUAAAAAUUUAAAGCAAAAUAAAAAAAAUCCUGUAAUUGUAGAAGCUUAUGGUGAUUUAAGUGCUUCAUGGCAUCCUCUCACUUCAUUAGUUAAAAUGUUUUUUGUUAAAGAAUUUGGUGGUAUUUGGUGUAUUCCAGGUAUAAGAGGUAUAGAAGGUUUAGGUAAAAAGUGGACUUUAGACGGAAAAAAACUGAAAAGAAAAAACAGUAUUGAUGAUUUUAUUUAUGCUAUAAAACAUUUAACCAAACAAAAGUAUACUACAUCAAGUAAAAUUGCUAUUUAUGGUGAAGGUGAAGGCGGUCUUUUGACAACUGUCGUUUCACAACGAGAACCAAAGCUUAUUGGUGCUGUUGUAGCAAAAUCACCAUUAUUAGAUACAAUACGAUAUGAUAAAUUAACUGAAGUUGAUUAUAUUAAAGAAGACGGGUAUGGUGACUUAGAAGAAAGCAAAUAUUAUAAAAAUUUAUAUUCAUUUUCACCUUAUCAUCAAAUGGAUAAAUCUUAUACUUUUAAAAAACAAUGGCCAAGCACUUUAAUAAUUCAUCAUUUACAUGAUUUUACGUAUUUUGUUCCAAAUACAACAAAAUAUUUGGCUAAAUUUUAUGAACUUAUAAAGAAAAAUAAAAAAUUACGUUAUGCUAAUCCAAUGAUUGCAUACAUCAUGAAUAGAGAUAAUAUUUUUGAUAUAGAAGGAAAAACUGAUUAUUUUGAUUCUGAAAUAGAUGAAUUUUAUAGAAUGCUUCUUUUCAUUCAACAAGUAUUAGAUUUAAAGUUUGAAAAAUAA